GGCGGGGAGGGGGCAGCCAAGGCUGAGUUCCUGGAAAAUGCAGGUGGAAGUAGGUGUUCCGUUGGGUAUUUGUCUGCGUCUGGGGACUUGUCCUUUGGCGCGCCAGCCCGGGUGGUGGGGCCGCCGCUCCGCACCCUACGUUGCUCCUCACUCCCGCUUCUGCUUUCCUCCUUUCCCGGGGCUUCCUCUCCCGGCUUCUUAGCCAGGCUGAGUGCGGUUCAAGUUUGGCCUCUUUCUGGGAGAUCCGCGCGGCUGACCGGGUCGGGACUGUGACGUUGCACGUGCUGUCGGGCCCGGGACGGGGCUGGGUUCCCUCUGGCCUUCCCUGGGCUCUGGGAGCCUCACGUUGAUCUUGUCCGGAGUGGCCCGCGAGAUUCUUAGCGUCCAAGGUGGGCUAGUCCGGGUGUGUCGGACUUGAGGACCUCAGAGCUGUGACCGUUGCUGAUGACCUCAGCUGUAUGCAGAUUUUAUUUGUUUAAGAGAGAGUGAGACCAAGAGAGAUCAUUCAUAGAGGGAGACGGAGAGGGAGAAGCCGACUCACCCCUGAGCAGCAAGCCAGAUGUGAGGCUGGAUCCCAGGACCUGGAUCAACCAACUGAGACACCCAGGCGCCCCUGGAUAUUUCUCUUCUUGGUGAUAUUUGUCUAGGUUCAUGAAUUCAUGAGGAGGUUGAAAAUGGUUCUGAAGCAAAAGCACCUGGAUGAUUGUCUGCGACAUGUAUCUGUAAGAAGAUUUGAAUCAUUUAAUCUGUUUUCAGUAACAGAAGCCAAAACAAGGGCAACUGAAGAGGAAGUUGGUGCAUGGUUCCAAUAUACAAGUGUCUUCUAUCCUGAGUACAGCAUUUUUCUAAGGCAUAAUAAUGGAUCUUUGAAUGUUGAAGAUGUUCUUACCAGCUUUGACAAUACAGGAAAUGUUUGCAUCUGGCCAUCUGAAGAGGUUUUGGCUUACUACUGCCUCAAGCACAGUAAUAUAUUCAGGGACCUUGCUGUGUGUGAGCUAGGGGGUGGCAUGACAUGCUUGGCUGGGCUCAUGGUUGCUAUUUCUGCAGAUGUCAAAGAAGUUCUGUUAACUGAUGGGAAUGAAAAGGCCAUCAGAAACGUGAGAGACAUCAUCACAAGGAAUCAGAAGGCUGGAGCAUUUAAAACUCGGAAAAUAUCAAGCUGCAUUUUACGAUGGGAUAAUGAGACAGAUGUCUCUCAACUGGAAGGACAUUUUGGCAUUGUUAUGUGUGCUGACUGCCUGUUUCUGGACCAAUACAGAGCAAGCCUUGUUGAUGCAAUAAAGAGAUUACUCCAGCCCAGAGGGAAAGCAAUGGUAUUCGCCCCACGCCGAGGGAAUACUUUAAACCAGUUUUGCAAUCUAGCUGAAAAAGCUGAUUUCUCUAUCCAAAGACAUGAAAAUUAUGAUGAACACAUUUCAAACUUCCACUCCAAGUUGAAAAAGGAAAACCAGGGCAUCUAUGAAGAAAACCUUCAUUACCCACUUCUGCUUAUUUUAACCAAAAAUGGAUAGAAGAUUCAGCUGCUCAAAAGAUGAAGAAAACACCAAGUUCACAGGGAAUAUUUUCCCCAAAACAGAAAUCUGUGAUGGGUAUGAUGUGCAGCGAGCUGUUGGCUCCCCGAGAUCUGUGAGCACCCCCCACAACAUUCGCCACAUCCCACAUGUGGGCUAUAGGGUCCACCUGUCCUCACUCACAUCAUUCCCCAGCCCUCCUGGACUCCUCUUUUUUCAUCUGCUCGUCUUGUACCAAACCUUUGUUUUUUAAAUAUCUACAAACAACCUGGGAUUUGAAUUGGACUUACACGAAACCUAAUUUUUUUCCUCCUAAUUGUGACAGAGUUUCUUUUGGUGAUUCCCACCGCCCUUUUAAAAAAAACUAUCUCGGUCUUUGUUCUAUUCUGGUGGUGGCACUUUUAAAUCUGUAAACAAAAGCAAACAUCCUGAUUCUUUCCUGGUUAAAAAAAAAAAUUAAAGCAUAUCAUUCUCAUCUCCCUCAAAUUAAUUGUAUUAAAUCUGCCAUCUUGUUUUUUCUGUCUCUCUCACUGAUUCUCUUUUUUCCUUUUAAACAGGAUGUUUUUUUCCCUAUGGAUGUAUAAGAAAUGACUACAUCAGCCCAAAGCCUCAUAAACUGACCGUUUGUCCUCUGGACACAAUAGCGUGGCCAGCCCUCUGCUCCUCCUCUCCAAUUAUGUGUGAUUAGUCUCAAUGUGUUGUGUCAAGGAGGAGGAGUGUACUGAGUGCUUAUUAUCUGUUUAGGUACAAGAAGAGCACAUUUAGGCUCUGACUAUGAAUGAAAAGUGAGCCUUUAUCGAGGCUCACAUCUAACUGCUGCUGUUCUCCAGACCUCUUUCAAAAUAGGUCCUUGCCAGAGAAAUUUUGAAUAAAUGGCUGCUAAACUAGAUUGCAACCAGGGUGGGAGGGGUGAAGUUUUUAAAAACUCAAUCACACAAUGAUCUGAUUUAAAGGAAGUACAUUUUGUUGUGUGCUGUGAUUCAAGUGUGUAGUAAACAUUUAAUAGGUGCUACCUAGGAUUAAGACAGAAUGACUUUUCUGCAGGGAACCCAAGCAUAUCCUUGCCUGGUGCAUCAUCCACGAGGUGCUCUAAUGCCUUUUGUGGAAAUUCAGAUGUUUAUCUGUAAGGAAUCAUCUGUGCCCACUUUAGCAGUAAUGUCAUUAGUAGGAUAGCUCUAUAUUCUCCUAUCUUUAGUCGAGGCAGAGCGUGUAUUUAGUGGGCUACAAUUAAAGUGAUAGGUUGGGAGACGAGGGAGCAAAUCCUUUUGCAUGUUAAACAAACUUAGCGGUCAUAGAAACAGCCACUCUCAAAUGUCUUCUCUGCUCACUUCUAUCAUCAAACAAAUUUUUCACCAUCAGUUUGCAUGUCCUUGUAUUCACCACUUUUUCUGCUCCAUUAGAGCACCUAGAUGGAUCUCGGAAGGCAUAGGUCAAGUCGCAGUUAGAUCAUACAUUUCUUUCUCACAAAAACUUGAAUUGCAAUGCCAAGUGAUGGGCUAACAUCACAAUAACAGCAAUUUAUUCCUCUUUGGAUAAAACAGCAGUCUAUUCUCAGUGCUAGAUAAAGACCAGGGCAAUGCAAACCAGCCAUUUAGCUGAGUAGUUCAGCUAGUGGCAGCUCUCCUUUGGCGACUGUAUAGGUUGCACACUGGCUUCAUAUUUUCUUGUUUAAAAAUUAGAAUUUGGAAUGUUUUAAAAGGCAGCGCAGGUAGUUCCAUUUACCGGUGAAAAGACAGCAGAAAUUAUUUCUUCUGUAAAACCUGCAACUAAAUCUGCCAGACAAAGAAAACCCAUCCCUCUAGUAGCACCUAAGAUGGUCUGUUCUUUUUCUUUUAAAAUGCAGUGAAUAUUUUCAGUUUUUUUUCUCACGAAAAUACAUGAAUUGGCAAGAAUUUAAUUUGCGCUUGUGUAUGCCGUGGGUGUAGAAAUCCAGUGUUUAUUUCUUUGGGAGAAUUUUUAUUUUUAAAA